AUGUCAAUUAAAAAGUUUAAGGAAAUAUUUUAUUUGCUCUUUAUUUUAUCGUUGAAUGUUCUCAAUAUUUAUUCAUUUAUACCUGAGCCACGUGGUGGUCACACUGCUUUAUUGGUCAAUAAUAAAAUUUUUUUCUUUGGUGGUUCACGACCGAUACCCAAGACAUCACCUCAAUGGAAUAUAACGCAUCAAUAUAAUUUAUCAGAUGAAGUGUUCUAUUUGGAUCUUUCGUCACAAUUUUCUGUCGACUUACCUCCGUUUACAGAUCUUUCUUCCACCUCGCGAAUCCCAUUUGGAACUGAGAAGGGAACAACUGUAAUAGGAAAUAAUGGCAUACGUAUAUUUCUUGUUGGAGGAGUGCAACAAGAUAUGACAACAUUUGGUUAUAAUACAACAAAUUCUAGCUUUUGGAUUUAUAAUAUGAAUUCACAAAAAUGGGGUCUUAGUGAACAAGGAACUACAGGGCAACCAAUGCCUAGGCGCCGGUCUACUGGGACAGUUAUUGAUACGAAAGGUGUAAUUUAUAUAUUUGGUGGGCGGGUAGAAGUGGAUAUUGGUUCAAGUGUAUUUACAAUAUUUGAUGAUCUAUUCACAUUUAACAUUUUAACAUUGGAAUGGAAAAAUCUUUCACUUCCUAAUCAUCCAUCAAAACGAAGUCAUUGUUCUGCAACUUUGAUGCCUGAUGGAAAAAUUAUUUAUAUUGGUGGUGUUACUCAAUCAUUUCCUGGCCAACCUGCAACUAAGUUAGACAUGACUGAAUAUGCGAAUAGCCCUAAAAACAUAGAUCCUCGUGUUGGACACACCGCUCUACUAGGAGGAACGAAUAGUUAUGGACUUAACCAAACAACUGUAUAUCCUAAUUUUGUAUUGUUGAAUGUUAAGUCCCAACCAUUUCAAUAUUCAAUCAUAACUCCUUCUGGAAAAGUUAUCUUAGUAAUAACUUCUCAAAUGAGUAAUAUUACUAAUGAUUUUGGACCUUCGAAUGAAACUUCAUCAAAUAUAUAUUUGAUGAAUCUUUCAAAUUACACAUGGGUGACUCAAUAUACAAAUAUCUCCACUCCCGUUGGUACUCCCGUUGGUACUCCUACAUCUACAAAGCCUGAUAUUAAAUUGAUUGUUAUCCUUUGUGCUGUUUGUUUUAUUGGG